GGUCACGAAUCCUCCAUACCAACCUCUGUGUGCAACGAAAGCCAUCGGGAGGUAAUUAUGUAACUCUGUCUCCUCGAACUGUUCAAACCCAGAGGAGUGAGAGUGACAGGCUGAGCCAGCCUCUAUAUAAGAGGAGGGAGGAGAGAGCUGCAGUCACAGUUGUGCCUCAAGUCCUCCAGACUGUGGAUGUAGUGAACCAUAGCGGACUCUACGGUUUUACGCACGAGGGUUUCAGGAGAUACCACCUCUCAUUCAUCAAACCAUCAACAACCAUCAACAACCAUCAACAACCAUCAACAACCAUCAACUUAAAUCAACUCAAAUCAACUCAAAUCAACAGGUUGAGUCUUUUUUUUCCCGAACUCAACCUUUUAUUUCUCCUAUUUUCGGAUAUCAGACAGAACUAAGACAAUCAAAGCUUCAUCCCUCUGGAGGUAUGAUACUCAGGAGGAGUCUGUUCUUGCUGCUGUUGUCCUUUAAUUUCCUCCACACAUUAGCUCAAGAUGUUGAGCAGGAGGAUGAGACAUCGUUUGACAUGUUUGAAAUCAGCCAAAUCACACGUAAGACUCUGGGGGCCAAACAGUUCAGGGGCCAGAACUCUGAUGCCCCUGCUUACCGCUUCAUCCGCUUCGACCACCUUCCUCCAGUGAGCCCCCCUGUACUCAAACAAAUCCUGCAACAGAUCCAAAACAACGAGGGCUUUGUGUUUGUGGCCAGCAUCCGCCAGGACCGUGCCUCUCGGGGGACCCUGAUUGGUCUUGAGGGCCCUGAUGGCCAGCGGCAGUUUGAGAUUGUCUCCAACGGACGGGCCAACACGCUGGACUUGGUUUACUGGGAGGGAGGCUCGCAGAACGUGUUUUCAUUCGAGGAAGUGGACCUGUCCGACUCGCAGUGGAAGAACAUCACAAUUCAUGUUCAUGGGGAGAAUGCAAACCUGUACGUGGGCUGCAGCCUGCUGGACAGCUUCAUCCUGGAUGAGCCUUUCUACGAGCACCUGCAGGCCGAGGGGAGCCGCAUGUAUGUGGCCAAGGGAUCCACUCGGGAAAGCCACUUCAGGGGCCUUCUGCAGAAUGUGCGUUUCAUCUUUGACACGGCACUGGAAGACGUCCUCCUGAGCAGAGACUGUGAGGUUGCAAAACCGGAUGAGGUGAAUAUUGUGAGUGAGAGCACAGAAAUCAUGGAUGUGAGUCCCUCCAUCACCACAAACAUAAUCGGCCAGAAGACGGACGACGUGGGCGCAGAUAUGUGCGAGCGCUCCUGUGAGGAACUCAGCACCAUGUUCCAGGAGCUCAACGGCCUGCGGGUUGUCGUCAGUAACCUUAUUGAUGGCCUGCAGAAAGUGACAGAGGAGAACACAAUCAUGAAGGAGGCCCUCGGGAAGAUGAAAAACACUAAGGAGAAAAACAUGUGCUGGCAGGACGGCCGUCUGUUCGAUGAUAAAGAAGACUGGAUUGUGGACAGCUGCACCAAGUGUACCUGCCAGGAGUCUAAGAUCGUGUGUCACCAGAUCACAUGCCCGCCUGUAGCCUGUGCAACCCCCUCCUUUAUUGACGGCGAGUGCUGCCCCGUGUGUCUGCCUAUAGAGAGCGAUGACGGCUGGUCCCCCUGGUCUGAGUGGACAGAGUGCACAGUCACCUGCGGGACAGGAACUCAACAAAGGGGUCGGUCAUGUGACGCAACCAGUAACCCCUGCCCUGGACCGUCCAUCCAGACCCGCAAGUGCAGCCUGGGAAAAUGUGACAGCCGUGUUCGUCAGGAUGGAGGCUGGAGUUUGUGGUCACCGUGGUCAUCCUGCUCGGUGACCUGCGGAGAAGGACAGAUCACCAGGAUACGACACUGUAACGCUCCUGUGCCCCAGCUGGGGGGCAAAGACUGUGAGGGGAGCGGGAGAGAGACUCAGCGCUGCACUGCAGAUCCGUGCCCCGUUGAUGGUGGUUGGGGUCCUUGGUCUCCAUGGGCAACCUGCUCAGCAACAUGUGGAGGGGGAAUCAAAAGUCGGACGCGAGAAUGCAACAGCCCGAAACCUCAAUAUGGCGGCAAUAAAUGUAUCGGAGAGGCUAACGACAACGACAGCUGUAACAAGAAGGACUGUCCUAUCGAUGGCUGUCUGUCUAACCCAUGCUUUGGUGGAGUGGAUUGCAACAGCGCUCCUGAUGGAUCUUGGGAGUGUGGCCCAUGCCCUGCUGGCUUCCGUGGAAAUGGUACCCACUGUGAAGACAUCAAUGAGUGCGACAUGGUGUCGGAUGUUUGCUUCAAAGUGGGUGGAGCGCAGCGUUGCGUCAACACUGAUCCAGGUUUCCACUGUUUGCCCUGUCCCAAGCGCUACAAGGGCACCCAGCCUUUCGGUAUGGGUGUAGAGGAUGCCAAGAAGAAGAAACAGGUGUGUGAGCCAGAGAACCCUUGCAAGGACAAAACCCACAACUGUCACAAAUAUGCUGAUUGCAUCUACAUCAACCACUUCAGCGACCCCAUGUACAAGUGUGAGUGUCGGACCGGGUACGCUGGAGACGGCUUCAUCUGUGGAGAAGACUCCGACCUGGAUGGCUGGCCCAAUCAGAACCUAGUGUGUGAUGCCAACGCCACCUAUCACUGCAAGAAGGAUAACUGUCCGAACCUUCCCAACUCCGGACAAGAAGACUUUGACAAUGACGGGCAGGGAGACGCUUGUGACAAGGACGACGACAGUGAUGGAAUAUUAGAUGAGCGGGACAACUGUCCCCUCCUCUUCAAUCCUCGCCAGUUUGACUUCGACAAGGAUGAAGUCGGCGACCGCUGCGACAACUGUCCCUACGAACACAACCCGGCUCAGAUAGACACUGAUCACAACAGGGAAGGGGACGCCUGCGCAAUAGACAUCGAUGGAGACGAAAUCCUGAACGAGGGUGAUAACUGUCCCUACGUGUACAACACUGACCAGAAGGACACUGACAUGGAUGGAGUCGGUGAUCAGUGUGACAACUGUCCACUGCUGCACAACCCAGACCAGAUGGACUUAGACAACGACCUGGUUGGAGAUCAGUGCGACAACAACCAAGACAUUGAUGAAGACGGCCAUCAGAACAACCUGGACAACUGUCCCUACGUGGCAAACGCCAACCAGGCCGACCACGACAAGGAUGGCAAAGGAGACGCAUGUGACUACGAUGAUGAUAACGAUGGCGUGCCUGAUGAGAAGGACAACUGCCGACUGACACCAAACCCGGACCAGGUGGACUCUGAUGGUGAUGGAAGAGGCGACACCUGCAAAGACGACUUUGACAACGACAGCAUUCCAGAUAUCCUCGACGUGUGCCCGGAGAACAACGCCAUCAGUGUCACAGACUUCAGGAAGUUUCAGAUGGUCCACUUGGAUCCUAAGGGAACCACUCAGAUUGAUCCAAACUGGGUGGUCAGACAUCAGGGCAAGGAGCUGGUUCAGACGGCCAACUCUGACCCAGGCAUCGCAGUCGGUUUUGAUGAGUUCAAUGCGGUGGACUUCAGUGGGACGAUGUACGUGAACACAGACAGAGACGAUGACUAUGCAGGCUUUGUGUUCGGGUACCAGUCGAGUGGGCGCUUUUAUGUGGUGAUGUGGAAGCAGAUCACACAGACGUACUGGGAGGACAAGCCCUCUAAAGCCUUUGGCAUCUCCGGCGUCUCACUAAAAGUCGUAAACUCCACCACUGGCACGGGAGAAAACCUCAGGAACGCUCUGUGGCACACGGGGAACACUCCUGGACAGGUGCGGACUCUGUGGCAUGACCCCAAAAACAUUGGUUGGAAGGACUACACAGCCUACAGGUGGCAUCUCAUCCACAGACCGAAGACCGGGUUCAUAAGGGUCGUGGUCUAUGAAGGAAAACAGAUCAUGGCCGACUCAGGACCUGUUUACGACAAGACGUUUGCUGGAGGAAGGUUAGGCUUGUUCGUCUUCUCACAAGAGCUGGUGUUCUUCUCCGACCUCAAGUAUGAGUGCAGAGAUAAGCCGGAGUUUCCCACCGUGUUCAUCAGAUAACUGAAUCAAGUCUGAUAGGAAAACAUCACAAGCCAAAAAACAAGAACUUCUGAAAGUAAACAUCACAUCAAAUCCAAUUCAGCUCAGAUCAGACUUUCCAUACCGGUCCAUGUUUCUCCUCCAUGCAGCCACCAGAGGAAACCACGGCCGACUUCUUGUUCCAAGCGGGGAAAGAAAAGCUGUUGAGGAAAGCCUCUGCUGAUUAUCUAAUUAUACCAUGUUUACCUAUUUCUUCAUUUUAAAGGAUUCAUUGUACAACCACUUACACGCUGUGUGUGCUGUCCUUCAGUCCCCUCCUCCUUUAACUGUAAAGACUCUUCUCUCUCUUUGUUGCUGAACAUCUGAUCGUACAAACAUAACCUGUAACCAAAGCAUAAUCAAUCCAUCACUAUAAUAUCUCCUCUUCUUUUUAUCCUGAAUGUUUCCUUUUUAUUUUCAAAAGGAGAACUUGAGUGAUCGAUACCAGUAAGCCAUUUAGUAAGUGCCAAAGAUGUUUAUACUAAGUCUGUAUUAUAAUUCCUUUUGUAAAUUAUUAAUGCUCUGCUUUUUUUCGUUUGUUCGUUUGCAUUUUUUGAGAGUUUGUAAAUAAUUAUUUAUUUGUUUACACUGACAAAACGUAUCGUUGAAUAUCACAAACGUCAAGAUAACACAUUUCAGUAUAAAGAGUUUUUCCGGUGUGGUCUGCACCCCCUUCACUUCCUGGUUUUAUCUCUGGUAAGGUGUCCGGUUAGGCUUUGAAACGAUAAACAUCAGCUGGUUUUAAGUUGUCACAUACAUAAAGGCGUCAUGUGUUUGUGUCUGAGGAAUAUCAUUCUGAUUGUAUGCGUGUGUUAAAAAAGAAAAGCCACUGUGUUUUAUUUUGUUUGCUUUCCAGACAGCGCCUCUUCGUCCUCUCUGUGAUUUGUCACUUUGGUUCACGUGGAACAUUUUUCAGUGACCGACUGCAGCGAGCGUCUUUCUGAAUCCAAACUAACAACAUGUCAGAGACGUUCCUCUGACGGUGUUCACCAGGUAACAAAUCACAGCAGCAGCAGAGUUCAUGAAGUUACAGUGAAAACAAAUACAGUGAAAACAUUUUAUAUCAAUACUUCCAUGCAUAUGUUAGUCGAUAAUAUCUCUGAAACGUUACAGUGUUGAUGGAAGAGGAAUCAGAUGAAGGUCUCUGAGUGUGUCUGUGUGUCUGUGUGGAUUAUCAGAGUGUUAGUGUGUGUACAGCGUAUGUGUUCCUCCAUGUUUGGUUUCCAUCUUGUUUACCUUGUUGAGAGUUUGAAAUGCACAAAAUGUAAAUGUUUUUGUAUACUUGUGUUGUUUUCUACAAACCUUGGAGUGAGACUGUUUCAUAAAUAAAACUCUUGAACACCAGUUUGUUUAAUAAAUACUUGAGGUUGGAAAUCCC